AUGACUAAGAGCGAACUUAAAACAGUGGUCUUGGCGUCCACUGGACAGUCCCACACUAAAGAGCAAGAGCCACUUUCAUCAGAAAUGGUGGAAGAAUUAUCAAUUAGAGUGGAGAAGGCAAUUGAAAAAAUUUCUGAUUGGAAAGCUCACAUUCUUAGAACCCAGAAUCAAGAAGAAGGAAGAUACAAGAUAUUGGAAGAGCUUCAGCCUCAUCAGCUACUCAUCAUCAUGGACUGGGCUAUGAAAUUCAUUCCAGCAAUGUACAGAGAAAAGCAGUCAGACUUUUUUGGUCAAAAAGGCAUGAGCUGGCACAUUUCUGUUGCUGUUUUCAGAGCAGAAGAUGGAUCAUUGAAGCACAAGACAUUCACGCAUAUUUUUGGCGCAGUCAAACAAGAUUGGUUUGCUGUCGCAUCAGCUCUGGAGCAUAUCCUUCAGACUUUAAGGGUGCAAAGGCCAGAAGUAGAAGAAGUAUUUCUAAGGAGUGAUAAUGCUGGGUGCUAUCACUGCGGAUGCCUGUGGCUGAGUUUACAUGGAAUUAGUGAAAGAACAGGUAUCAAUAUACUACGAUAUGACUUUAGUGAAGCCCAAGCAGGCAAAAGUUAUUGUGACUCCAAAAUUUCACACAUGCGCUCAAAAAUAAGGAUGUUUGUUUCAUCAGGAAAAAAUGUAAUAACACCAUUUGACUUGAAGAACGCAAUCAUGGAUGGAAGUGGUGUUGUGGGAUGUUAUUGUGCAGUAGUGGAGGUUGAUAAGAAGAAGCAAACAAUGACAAGUCAUUGCUUCAAAGGCGUCUCUUCUAUCAGCAAUCUUUCUUUUGAAGGGGAAGACAUCAUAGCCUGGUAUGGCUUCAAUGUGGGCAUUGGUGUGAAGAUCAAGAGAGAGGAUGCUUUGAAAACUGAGCAAAGUCAAACAGGACUUAUCAUACUGUCUGACUUUGAAGAAGAGCCACAGACACAGUAUGGAAGUAUCUCCUCUCAGAGAAAAGAAAACUGUCCACAGAUUUUCCACUGUUCCGUAUUAGGCUGUAAUCAGCAUUUUUCCUCCUAUCAGCAUCUUCUAGAACAUAUAGAGUUGGAUCGGCAUGUGCAGGAAAAAAGCUCUACAUUUGAUGAAAUUCGACAUCUUUGGUCGGAGACAUGCCAUUCAAAUCUGUUCAUGUCCAAGCAGGUCCUACAAAUAGGCACUGAUCUUCACUCAGUUGAAGAUUCAAAUUCAUCAAGAAAAAAGCUUCCCCAAGGAUGGGCACUAAAAAAGGCAAGAAAAUUUGCCCGCUUUUCUGUAAAAGUUAAAGAAUUUCUAAUACGAGUGUACCAAGAAGGUGAGAAAUCAGGAAGAAAAGCUAAUCCAAAUGAAGUGGCCCAGCAAAUGAGAUCACUGAGACAUAGCAAUGGGGAAAAGUUUUUCACUUCAGAAGAAUGGCUGCAGCCUUCUCAGAUAAACUCUUAUUUUGGUAGACUUUCUUUGAAUGGAAAGGCCAGUGGUUUCAAGGAGGAACAAGAGAAUGAUGAACAACUGAGAGAAAUCUUGCAGUCAAUAGAAGAGGAAGAAGAGAGAGAAAACAUAAGAAACACGCUGUUGUUUGAAGAUGGUAGCACUAUGUGA